AUGGCUUCUGCUUCUUACAUGGAGGAUUUGACUUGUUCUAUCUGUCUGACUAUCUUCACUGAUCCAGUGAGCCUUCUCUGUGGCCACUCUUUCUGCAGAGAAUGUAUCACCAUCUCUCUGAGCAAAAAGGACCAGUGUCCACAGUGUCGGACAACUGUUCCGAAACAGACGGAAUAUCUCCCAACCAGCCACAUUCUGAAAAGCCUUGCUGAUAAAGCUAAAGAAGCUGAGAAGAUAAAGAGAGAACAGGGAGAUGAAACCACAGGGGUUUCUGAAUCGUUGUGCCCUGAGCAUGAAGAAAAGCUGAAACUAAUUUGUGAAACAGAUCAACAAUUAGCCUGCGUUAUAUGCCGAGAUGGGGAGAAGCAUGAUGGACACAAAUUUAAACCAAUCAGAGAAGCAGCUACAUCUCUGAGGCGGGAGCUGGAGAAGGGUAUGGGGCACCUUCCUGAUGACAUCAAGGCCAUAGAGAGCUUAGCCAGAACACAGAGAGAAGAAAUAACAAAAACACAUGUGAAGUCCCAGCAGCUGAUGACCCAAAUCAGCACCCAGUUUGAGGAGAUGCAUCAGUUUCUGAGACAGAGAGAAGAGGAGAUAAAGAAUGAGCUAAAGGAGAAAAAGACAGAGGCUGUAGAGGAGAUGACUGAGAAAUUACAGGCGAUGGACCUGGCGUUGUCUGAGAGUAGAGAGCUGCAGGUGAAGAUGACAGCAGCUCUGGAAAUUUCUGACUCACUGAAGUUCUUGCAGAGCUGGACUGAAGUGAACAACAUGCUGACUCCAGAGUGUUUGUUCAGGCCCAGAGCAAAUGAUCUGCAGGUAGCCCGCACUUCUCUGAGUUUGGGUCCUUAUGAAAGUCACCUGCAGUUCUUUGUGUGGAAGGAGAUGCUUCAGGUGGUCAAGCCCCGGGCAGAACUGCUCUCAUUGAUGAAAAAUACAGAUGUAACUGUGUCUGAUGACAGACGCAGUUUGCUUUGUGCUCCCAAAAGCAGCCAAUCUCAAUCAGGUUCAUCAUUUGGCCAAACCACAGGACGUUAUGGAUUUGGUUCAGCCCAAGCCACAGGAACACUUGGGUCUUCCUCUACCUUUGGAAUUAGUUCAGCCCAAGCCAAAUUAGCAUUUGGGUCUCCCUCUACCUUUGGAUUUGGUUCAGCUCAAGCCACAGGAGCAUUUGGGUCUUCCCCUACCUUUGGAUUUGGUUCAGCCCAAGCCACAGGAACAUUUGGGUCUUCCCCUACCUUUGGAUUUGGCCCCACCCAAGACAAGGGAUUAUUUGGAUCUGGCUCAAAUCUUAUGGCACAUGAAGACAGUUCUUUUGUAAAAAUGGGGGCUAUGAAGACAAAUCAGGCAUUCAGUGUCAAUGAGUUCAGCUCAGGGCAGCAUUACUGGGAGACAGAGGUUGGACUGAGGAAUUACUGGGAAUUAGGGGUGAAAGGUCAUUUCCUCAAGUAUGAUGGCCUAAAAUAUGUCAUCUCCAAUCAGUCUUCACUAACAAAGCUAACGUUUCCAGAUAGACCUCGAAAGAUUGGGAUUUACCUAAACUGCUCCUCCAAGGAGCUUUCCUUCUAUGAUGCAGACAAGAUGAAACAUGUUCAUACUCUGAGCUCAAGUCGCAUGUCCCUGCCAGUGUCAGCUUAUUUUAACAUUGGACCCAGUAAGGACAUAGAUCGUAACCCUCUGACAGUGUGCUGGUACUGA